AAGAAUUGUCUUUUGGAGUUCACUCUGAGCUCUCUGUCUGGAUAUGACAGCUGCAAGAAGAGGGCUCAUGGCAAAUAUUGUCUCUAAAUGCUGUAAAAUAAGAAAAAAGAAUCUCACUUGUUGAUAAUGCAAGUAAGUGAAACAAAAGGCUAUACUGGCUUUAAAUUUUAUAUGCUGUCUUAAUGAAGUAUUAGCAGCAAGAUAUGUUUAAACAAUAUUUCUUCUUACAGUGAUGGUUAAUGUUAAUUACUGAAGUGUAGACAGUUUGAGACUUGAAAAGUCUAAGCAUUAUGCAUGUCAUAUAUAUGUGCACACAGGAAACCUCGGCCUGUCUCUCAGCUGGUUGCACAACAGGUUCCUCAGCAAUUUGUGCCCCCUACACAAUCAAAGAAAGAGAAAAAAGACAAAGUAGAAAAGGAAAAAAGUGAAAAGGAAACAACAAGCAAAAAGAACAGCCAUAAGAAAACCAGGCCAAGGUUGAAAAAUGUGGAUCGAAGUAGCGCUCAGCAUUUGGAAGUUACCGUUGGAGAUCUGACAGUCAUUAUUACAGACUUUAAGGAGAAAACCAAGUCACCACCUGCUUCCAGUGCUGCUUCUGCAGAUCAACACAGUCAGAGUGGUUCUAGCUCUGACAACACAGAGAGGGGAAUGUCCAGGUCAUCUUCACCCAGAGGAGAAGCGUCGUCACUGAACGGGGAAUCUCAUUAAAGUUUAUUUCCUCCAGUUUCAUUAGUCUCUUCAAAACAUGCAAAUACGUAAGUGCUGUCACCACAUUUUCAUGACAGAUUAGUCAUGCAUAAUUGAUAUGUUGACUAGAACAUAAUGCAGUUUAAAAAAA